AUGAAAAAUUAUAAUUAUCUCUUUAAGUAUAUUAUUGUAGGAAGCACUAGUUAGUAAUUUUAUUAUUGAUGAAGGUGUAGGAAAAAGUUGUUUGCUUUUACAAUAUGUUGAUCAAAAAUUUAGAAAUGCACACUAAGUUACAAUGGGAGUAGAAUUUGGAACUAAUAUUAUCAAAUCAAAUAGUCAUGUUAUUAAAUUACAUAUAUGGGAUACAGUAAGAUUACUAUCAAUAAUAAUAGGCUGGUUAAGAGUCUUUUUCAUCAAUGAUUCGAGCAUAUUAUAGAAAGUAUUUUUAGAUUAAAUUAGUGCAAUUGGAUGUAUUUUAGUCUUUGAUUUGACAGAUAGAAAAUCAUUUGAUGCAUUAAUUAGAUGGCACAAUGAAGUAUUAAGUUGUACUGGGAAUGAUAUAUAAAUUAUUAUUGUUGGAAAUAAAAGUGAUUUACAGAAUAAGUAUGCUUUUUCCAUAUUAAAAGGCAGAAGAGAAGUUUAAGAAAAAGAAGCAUAAGAUCUUGCUAAAUAGUUUAAUGGAAAUUAUAUAGAAGCAUCUGCUUUAACAGGAUCUAAUGUAGUUUAGAUAUUUGAAAUUCUAACUGAAUAGAUACUUUAAGAAAUCUAAAGUGGUAAAAUUGAUCCACAAAAUGAAGUAUUAAAAAUUACUAUCAAAAGAUUUAUGGAAUAAAAAUAGGAGAUUUUGAAAAGAGAAGAAAUUCUGAAAUUAUACCUAAAAGUUAAAGAUAGUCAGUUUAAGUGAGUUAUCCAAUUUAAUCACAAAAAUGGGAAUGUUGUUGA